AUGAGCAUUCCGUGCCCGCCGCCACCUGGCGAGGAAUCAACGGCAUACCAAAGCGGAUCUCAAGGCAAGAAGAUCCGCAUAGGAAUAUGUGCAAUGAAUCGUAAAGCAACUAGUAAGCCAAUGAGAGCCAUCAUGUCGAAAAUUGUCGACUAUUAUAAGGUUAGCUCUUAA